ACUAAAAGUGCAUGUGUAUUACGUUUAGACGGAUCUCUUUCCAGACCCAGGCUGGAGCACAUGGAGGCGACGGAGUUUAGCUUAAGCCCGGCGGGGGAGUCGGUGGUGCCGGCAUGUAUGUUCGCACCGGACCCGGGCAGCGUGGAGGAUCCGGCCGGCACUGAGAGCAGUGAGACCGGCGAGAACCAGAACGGAGACGACGAGGAUCACUUAGACCUCACCAGCAAGUUGGCGCUGGUAAGCCCUACUGGAGAACAGUAUGACUGUUUACUCAAGCAGCUGCGAGAACGAAUGGAAGAAAGCUGUGGAGAGACCAUCUAUGUGGUUGGAAAGGGGACAGAUGGUGGUGAUUAUGGUCUGGAUGAGAGGGAUAUGGAAGCAGCUGUUGCUACGGUGCGGUCGCUAUGUGAACAGGCAGACGCUGAUCUGAUUCUCUUGCGAGAGAGAGCGGAGACGGAAGGACGAGUCCGGGAUUACCUUAUCCGGCGCCGAGUGGGAGAAGCCGACUUCCUGGAAGUUAGAGUGGCGGUUGUUGGUAAUGUAGAUGCCGGUAAAAGUACACUCUUGGGCGUCCUUACUCAUGGUGAACUCGACAACGGUCGCGGAUUCGCACGACAAAAGCUCUUCCGACACAAACACGAGAUGGAGAGCGGUCGCACCAGCAGUGUCGGAAAUGACAUUCUGGGCUUCGACCAGGACGGGCAGGUGGUCAACAAACCGGAUAGUCACGGGGGCAGUCUGGACUGGACCAAGAUCUGUGAGAGGUCAUCAAAAGUGAUCACCUUUAUUGAUCUGGCAGGGCAUGAGAAAUACCUGAAGACCACUGUGUUCGGCAUGACUGGGCACCUACCAGACUUCUGUAUGCUUAUGGUGGGCAGUAAUGCAGGAAUCGUUGGCAUGACCAAAGAGCACCUCGGUCUCGCUCUGGCCCUCAACGUUCCUGUCUUUGUAGUCGUCACUAAGAUAGACAUGUGUCCAGCUAACAUCUUACAAGAGACAUUAAAGUUAUUACAGAGGUUACUCAAGUCUCCAGGAUGCAGGAAAAUUCCAGUUUUGGUGCAAAGCAAAGAUGAUGUCAUCGUUACAGCCUCAAACUUUAGUUCAGAGAGGAUGUGCCCAAUUUUCCAGAUCUCUAAUGUAACAGGUGAAAACAUGGACCUGUUGAAAAUGUUCUUGAAUCUGCUGUCCUCCAGAACAACGUUUAAAGACGACGAACCUCCAGAAUUUCAGAUUGAUGAAACAUAUUCAGUACCUGGUGUAGGCACUGUCGUAUCUGGGACUACUCUAUGUGGAUUAAUACGCCUUAAUGACACGCUGCUCCUCGGUCCCGAUCCUCUGGGUGCUUUCAUCCCCAUCAUGGUCAAAUCCAUCCACCGCAAGCGAAUGCCUGUGAAAGAAGUGCGCGGUGGGCAGACGGCCUCGUUCGCACUGAAGAAGAUCAAGCGUUCGUCUAUUAGGAAGGGGAUGGUGAUGGUGUCACCCCAUCUCAAUCCACUGGCGUGCUGGGAGUUUGAGGCUGAGAUUCUGGUGCUGCACCAUCCGACUACGAUAUCGCCGAGAUACCAAGCUAUGGUUCACUGUGGCAGUAUCAGACAAACGGCCACCAUAAUCAGCAUGAACAAAGACUGUUUACGGACAGGCGACAAAGCCACUGUGAACUUUCGUUUUAUUAAGACCCCUGAGUACCUUCACUUGGAGCAGAGACUCGUCUUCAGGGAGGGCAGGACCAAGGCUGUGGGCACCAUCACAAAGCUGCUUCAAACCAAGCCUCAGGCCAAGAUGCAGUCUACCAAGAAAGCUUCAUCACAGGUGGAGGGCUCUUUGGCAGCCAGCGAGAGUGCUGCACAGAUGGGAGGAAGCCCUCAAACAGGACAAGCGCUGAAGUCUGGAGCGAGUGGUAGACGGCGUGGCGGUCAACGGCACAAAGGCAAACCAGCUGUAAGCACCGCCACUGGGACGACAUCAGCUGCUGGAGUGGGCGGCAACUGAGCUAACACCCCUCCUGCUCAUCCUCCAUAAUCUGCCUUGAAUUCUCUUCUCUCUCUCUGCCAUCAAUAUUGGUCAUCCCUCUGCCCUGAACUUUUAAAAGCGACCACCAGAGGGCAGCAAAAGCUUUUUGUUUACCAUAACUCCCUUUUUUCUGUCCUGUUUUUUUUUUUUUUUUUUCACUAUCAUAAAACCCACAAAUGAAGCUGGACUGAGCAAUUUGUCUCCCUACACACGCUAAUUAGAAACGUUCAUCUCUGCUGACAUACGUAAUAGUGCCAAAACCCUGACUGACAAGCAUUUCUUGUGUUUCUUCACUGAGAAGCUUGUUCACUUGCUGUAUUAUCACCCUAAUGAAACCUGUGUACGUUUUUUUUGUUUUUUUGGUGAACUAUCCCUUUAACAUCCUGUAAUAAACACCCUCAAAAACUGAAUUUUGCAGCCAGAAUGUUUCCUAAAGGACCCAAUUAAGCAGCCCUCAUAUGAAUCCCUGUUUGUGUUCAGCGAUUUUCUUAUUUCUCACGUCAUUUUCCUCCUCCAGUUAAAUUUGGCAAAUGCUGUUGCAGAUGAAAGGGAGAAAUCUGUUCUGCUUGUC